UCCCGGCACCUGGCCAGCGAGGAGGUGCGCGCCGACUUCCAGCGCCGGCUGCCCUACAGCUACCUGCAGCGAGCCUACAUCCAGUUAAACCAACUGGACAAGGCAGCUGAUGCCGCCCACACCUUCUUUCUGGCCAACCCGGAGCACCUGGGGAUCCAGCAGGACAUCGAGAACUACAAGACCACGGCAGGGAAGGUGGAUUUGGUGGAUCGCGAGGCCCGGCCGCACAUGGAGGAUUACCUUUCCGGCAUCAGGCACUACGACAGGGAAGAGUAUCACUUGGCCAUUGAAUUCCUCGAACGGGCCUUGACCGAAUACAACGUUGCCGACACAGCGUGCCGAGUCUUGUGUGAGGGACCCCAGAGAUUUGAGGACUAUGAAUAUCUGAACUAUAAAGCCACUUUCUAUGAAGCAAUUGCAGAUCACUACAUGCAGGUCCUGGUGUGUCAACACGAGUGUGUGAGGGAGCUGGCGACACGACCCGGGCGGCUCUCGCCCAUCGACAACUACCUCCCCCUCCACUAUGAUUUCUUGCAGUUUGCCUAUUACAGAGUUGGUGAUUACGUCAGGGCGCUGGAGUGCACGAGGUCGUACCUCUUGUUCCAUCCGGAUGACGAGGAUGUCUUAGAGAACGAGAGCUAUUACGAAAGUCUUCUCGAAGGCUCAGUGGACCUGGAAAACAUCAAGCCGAGACAGGAAGCUGUGACAUUCCUGAGGCGACAUAAGCUGGAAGCAUACUUGCUACAGACAGGAGCAGCUGGCCUGGGCUUCCUGUACACGGAGCCGAAUUAUUGGACCGUCUCCGGGGCUCGGCAAGAUGAACACAGAAUCCCGUCGGGAGUUUUGGGUGAUGCAACCGACAACUCCGAGAAGCUGAUAGGAAAAAAGACCUCCGUCAGAGUAGACCGGGAACUAAGGGAAGGAGGCCCCCUCCUCUUUAGCGAGGUGAAAUUUGUCUACAACUCGGAGCAGCUGAAUGGGACCCAGCGGGUGCUUCUGGACAACGUCAUCUCUGAGGAAGAGUGCCGGGAGCUGCACCGGGUUGCUAAUGGCAUUUUGCUGGCUGGUGACGGAUACCGGGGAAAGACGUCCCCCCACACCCCCAAUGAGAAGUUUGAAGGGGCCACUGUCCUCAAAGCUCUUAAGUUCGGCUACGAGGGACGUGUCCCGCUGAAGAGCGCCCGCCUCUUCUACGACGUCAGUGAGAAAGCCCGCAAGAUUGUGCAGUCCUACUUCAUGCUCAAUUCCACCCUCUAUUUCUCCUACACGCACCUGGUGUGCCGGACUGCCCUCUCAGGCCAACAGGAGCGAAGGAAUGACCUCAGCCACCCCAUCCAUGCUGACAAUUGCCUCCUGGACCCCGAAGCCAACGAAUGUUGGAAAGAACCCCCAGCAUACACCUUCCGAGAUUACAGUGCCCUCCUCUACAUGAACAGCGAUUUUGAUGGUGGCGAAUUCAUUUUCACCGAGAUGGAUGCCAAGACAGUUACGGCCUCCAUAACACCGAAAUGUGGGCGCAUGAUCAGCUUCUCUUCCGGCGGGGAAAACCCUCACGGCGUGAAGGCAGUGACCCGGGGCCAAAGGUGUGCGGUUGCCUUGUGGUUUACUCUCAACCCACUCUACCGGGAGCUGGAGCGAAUCCAGGCAGACGAAGUCAUUGCGGCCUUAGACCAAGAACGCUUUGGGUCCACCAAACUCGGCAUCAACCCCAAGGAUGAGCUAUGAACCUGGCCAAGGACACCCGAUUAAAAUAUUUAUUUAAUAUUUGUUUUUUUAAAAAAAUCUUAUCAAAACCCUUUAUUUUUGUACAAAGCUUUGGUAUAAAUUAACAGGGGCGGGUUUGACAUGGAAUGGUUCCAAAGCACCCCCCACGCUCCACUUCCUGCCUUGGGCAUUAGCGGACGUUGCUCCCUCUCCCCGCGUCAUGGAUGCAAAUCAUGCGUCUUCUGGGCAUCUCGAGUGUCUCCCCAAACACUUUUCUGGAUUCCUGCUCUAGACUACGGUCCGGACCCCGUUUCUACCAGCCAGUCUCCUCCCUUCUUUGGCCAAAUGGUACCAGCGUGAACCUGGAUCUUUUCUCUCAGCCUGCUUUGCCUCUAGUCCGAGGUUUCGCCUGUCUCCUCGGAUGCAAGUCCUUUCUUUCCCACGUGCCCAAGGAUGCUCCAGGCCUGAGUCCCCUGGUAUUAAAAAUAACUCAGCCCCUUUGCGCUGGACCUUGGGCCAUGUGCUAGAGAAACCUCGUUUGGCUUCUUGGUGCAGAUGCAACUCUUUUAAAUCAUUUGUAUUGGGGGUGGGGGUGAGAGUCCCCGUUUCUAAACCGUAAAUCAUCCUCAUCUGGAUUUCUUCAUACUUGGUGGGAAAGGAAAAUUGUACCAGGCUGGGUUAGCCAAAGUCAAAGGUUCCUCCAACCCCUGCUACUUCUGUCAGUGGCCAACCCUUUCAUCCCAAGAAGGGCAGCCCAGGUCGGAGGAGAACCCUCCACUUUUCCUGAAGAAGCGUCACCACCCCCCAAUCGCCAUCUGAACAACGAUCAAGGGCAGGUGAUGGGAAAAGCAUCCAAAGCUCGUAGUUACUAUUUUUCCUGGAGGCCAUAGCAUCCAAAACCAGUCAACCAGCACGUCUGGCGACUGAACAGCCAUGCAUUUCUGGACUCCUGUUCCAAAAGUUUAAUUUUUCAACUGGGGUAAAAAAAAAAACAACAACCUCCACAGCCUGGAACUUUGAAGAUCUGCUUGUAGAUCUGAACAACCCUGAGUCAGAGAAACAGGGGUCUGGCCUGGGUUAAGAACGUUCCUGUAAAUGGAUGAAAAUUCUCCCUCUUCCUGCUCUUGGCCCUCCACCCUAUGGCAUGUAAGUGUGCUGCUUUCUGGUGGUUCUAGUUGUUCUUCAGGCAGGUCCCCACUCUUAAGGAUCUGUCAGAUCAAUUUGCAAAACGGCUCAUCUCCUCCAGGGCUGGCUUCCAUAGUGUGUUGAGCGAGGAAGCGCUCCUCCUGAACGCGAUAUGCCAGGACCUUGAUUGGGGGAAGCCCUAAAUAAGCCAGCCUUGACACUCCAGGGAGUUUUGCAAUGGAAAAAAGAAUUGGGGGAAC